GCUGUAGUUUGCGGGCUCCCGGGGAUCAUCUCCAGCUAGCUUCGUGCUAUAUCUCUUCCUGCAGGGUCAGGAGCUGCGCACUCAUGGCUGAGGUGAAGGUCAAGGUGCAGCCGCCCGACGCGGAUCCAGUCGAAAUAGAAAACAGAAUUGUAGAAUUAUGCCACCAGUUCCCGCAUGGAAUCACAGACCAAGUAAUUCAGAAUGAAAUGCCUCAUAUAGAAGCCCAACAACGGGCAGUGGCCAUCAAUAGACUGUUGUCCAUGGGUCAAUUGGAUCUCUUAAGGAGUAAUACAGGCCUUUUAUAUAGAAUAAAGGACUCUCAGAAUGCUGGUAAAAUGAAGGGAUCAGAUAACCAAGAAAAACUAGUGUAUCAAAUCAUAGAGGAUGCAGGAAAUAAAGGAAUAUGGAGUAGAGAUAUACGAUAUAAAAGUAACUUGCCAUUAACAGAAAUCAACAAAAUUCUAAAGAAUUUGGAAAGUAAAAAGCUUAUCAAAGCUGUUAAGUCUGUAGCAGCCUCCAAAAAGAAAGUUUAUAUGCUCUACAACCUGCAGCCAGACCGGUCUGUGACUGGUGGAGCCUGGUACAGUGACCAGGAUUUUGAAUCUGAAUUUGUAGAGGUGCUUAACCAACAGUGUUUCAAAUUCUUACAGACCAAGGCAGAAACAGCAAGAGAAAGUAAACAGAAUCCAAUGAUACAAAGAAAUAGUUCGUUUGCUUCAUCACAUGAAGUAUGGAAAUAUAUCUGUGAAUUGGGGAUCAGUAAGGUCGAGUUGUCCAUGGAGGACAUUGAAACCAUCUUGAAUACACUUAUUUAUGAUGGGAAAGUGGAGAUGACUAUUAUAGCUGCAAAAGAGGGCACAGUCGGCAGUGUAGAUGGACACAUGAAACUGUACAGAGCAGUCAAUCCAAUCCUCCCACCCACAGGUUUGGUCCGGGCACCCUGUGGACUCUGCCCAGUUUUUGAUGACUGCCAUGAAGGUGGUGAGAUUUCACCAUCUAACUGCAUUUAUAUGACAGAGUGGCUUGAAUUUUAAUAGAGAACUAUGAACUUUACUGACAUUUUGCAACUGAAGUCACUUUGAGAGAAAAUAAUUCAAGAUGGAACAUCAUUUCCUUGAAAAUCUCCUUCACAAUAAUGGCUACAGACUUGCUGCUAUGAAAACAUAUUUUUUUAAUUUAUGAAGACUAAAUUUAUAUUUGUAGAGUAGCCAACAGAAUAUGAAAUAGGUAAGGUUAAUAGUGAGAUUCAUUCUUCAAGAAAUAAAAUACGUUGAAGCUCUGAAAGACCAUAUCAUUUGAAGUUUUCAAGACUUUUGAUGGUUCAAGGAAAACAAAGCCAGCAAACCUGUAUUUGCCAAGUACUAUGGUAAUGAUUGGAGCAUAAAAGUGUUCAUUUUAAAGUUAUUUAUUUAGGUCUUCAUUGGACACUUUAUAUAUCAGGUCAUUACCACCAUUUCUCUUUUGUAUUUUCUCUGGUUUCAUUGAGAAGAAAUUAAAAGUGGUGAAGGCAGGAGUAACAGGUACAGGAAUGUACACAAACUUGAGUUAUGAGUUGGGGAGAGUGGAACAUUCCUUUUCUACACUAUUUCUUAUAUCAGUGUUCUUUAGAGUAUUAUGCUACCAUACUCAGCUCAAUUCCAAAUGAUGACUAUUAUCAAGAAUAUGUUUUUAGUGCAUAAAUAUUAAUGAUCGUUUUCAUUUAUUUCAUGUUCCUUCUGUUAGUCUUCUAAGUUUCACUCUGACUCAGUUGUAUUCUUUGCUAAAAUUUUCCCUAGAUAUUAAAAAUAUCUUUAAGAUAUUGGGGUGUCACAAGAGAGAGAGAGACAACACAACUCAGAAGUCAACAAGCAAGACAAAAUUCACUUCUGCAGAAGGGUGUGCCACAGACAAAAAGCAAGCACUCCUAGCGUCCCCGCUGGGGGUCUACUGGGGUUUUAUCUCUAAUGCAAUGCUGCCCCUCCCCUGAACUGAACAGGUUUUGGGUUCACAGUCUGUGCAGUUGGUUAAUUGGAAAGAGGACAUUGGGAGGAGGCUUUGAAGACAAAGAAGUUUCAAAGCUCGAGAAAGCAUUAACUGGUUUAGGUUAUCAACACAAGAACCAGAGCAUCUAGCAGAAUUUUGUCCAGCUGAGGAUAAUAACCCUUUAUCUUAAUAGAAACUUUUAUCACGUUAAGCAGAAUCCAAGAAGCUAGUGUAUGGGAAGCAAAUUAGUGAGACUAAUAUUUAUAACAGUAGUGGUUAUUGAUUAAAUCCUUUGACAGAAAAGAACUCAACCUAAGUUGAUUCUCACACUGGAUUCUUAUUUCAUGUCUGCAAUGUUUGUGUUCCUCAUCACCACUAGAAAAUUCAGAUGUUAAAAUCUUGUCCCCGGUGUGAUGGCAUUUGGAGGUGGGGCCUUUGGGAGGUGAUAAAUCAUGAGGGUAAAGUCCUCAUGAAUGGUAUUAGUACCUUUAGAAAAGAGACCCAAAGAGCUCUUCUAUCGCUCCUUCUGCCAUUUGAGUACACAGAGAAGACAGCCACAUAAGAACCAGGAAGUAGAACUGGAGUUGUGGCUCCAGUGGUAGAGUGCCUGCUUUGCAAGUGCAAAGCCCUGAGUUCAAACCCCGUUCCACCCAAAAUAAAAAAGGAUAAGAAGCAGGAAGUGGACCCUCAUCAGACAGUGUA